CACGCGAAUGUCGGUGUACUCGCUGCCGUCGGACUACACGGAGGAGAAUCCCUGGAACAAGCGGGAGUUGAUCAUCUUCAUCGUCUGCUACACGUCGUGCGUGCUCUUCCUCAUCGUCAUGUACGAGAUCCUCAUGCCGGUCAUCAACAACCCAAUGUAUCCGUACUACAACGCGGAGAACGUGCCGUCCUACGCAUUCCAACGGCCUGACAUGCCUAGAUGA